CCCACCAAAAUGGUCUGGAUAACCGCAGAUGAUAAGAUGGCUACUAAGCCGAACUUCAUUGGCAUGAAUGUCCAAAGUCAUCUUGACCAUAUGUGCGCUCUUGACAUCGAAUCCCACACUUCCUUUACGCGGCUGUCCGGGAUAAUUUGCACGAUUGGACCAGCCUCGCGAUCUGUGGAGAUGCUGGAGAAGAUGAUCGAGACCGGCAUGAAUAUUGCCCGCAUGAAUUUCAGCCAUGGAUCGCAUGAAUAUCACGCUGAAACUAUUGCCAAUGUUCGUCAAGCACAAAAAAAUCUUAGUGAGAAGAAUGGCCACAGUGUACCUGUUGCUAUUGCUUUGGAUACCAAAGGUCCGGAAAUUAGAACUGGCCUACUUGAGGGGGGAGGCUCUGCAGAAGUAGAACUGAAAAAGGGUCAGGUUUUCAAGUUGUCAUCGGAUAAAAUUCAUGCGGAAAAAGGCAAUGAUAAUUGUGUUUACGUUGACUAUGAAAAUAUUACAAAAGUUUUGAAAGUUGGAAAUAGAGUGUAUGUUGACGAUGGCUUGAUAUCAUUGAUCGUAUCUGAGAUUAAACCGAAUUGUGUUAUAACGACUGUCGAGAAUGGUGGUCAACUUGGCUCUCGUAAAGGCGUAAAUCUGCCCGGAGUCCCGGUUGAUUUACCUGCCGUUUCAGAAAAAGAUAAAUUUGAUUUAGAGUUCGGUGUUGAUCAGGAAGUGGACAUAGUAUUUGCUUCAUUUAUUCGAAAUGCUAAUGCUUUAUCCGAAAUUCGCGCAAUCCUUGGCGAGAAGGGAAAAAGCAUUAAAAUAAUUUCCAAAAUUGAAGAUCAACAAGGCAUGAUCAAUCUUGAUGAAAUUAUUGAAGCCUCCGAUGGUAUUAUGGUUGCUCGUGGUGAUCUUGGAAUCGAAAUUCCACCAGAAAAAGUAUUCCUAGCACAAAAGUGCAUGAUCAGUCGGUGUAACAAGGUUGGGAAGCCAGUCAUUUGCGCUACUCAAAUGCUGGAGUCUAUGGUAAAGAAACCACGUGCAACACGAGCUGAAUCGUCGGAUGUUGCUAAUGCAGUUUUAGAUGGAGCUGACUGUGUCAUGUUGUCUGGUGAAACUGCAAAAGGAGAAUAUCCUUUGGAGUGUGUACGAACAAUGGCAAAUAUUUGCAAGGAAGCUGAAGCAGUGAUUUGGCAAAACCAACUCUUUACUGAUUUGUCAAGCAAGGCUGUACCACCGAUUGAUGCGACUCAUGCAGUUGCUAUUGCAUCUGUUGAAGCAGCUGCAAAAUGUCUUGCUAGCGCAAUCAUUGUCAUUACUACUUCCGGACGAUCUGCUCAUCUAAUUUCCAAGUACAGACCUCGAUGUCCAAUUAUCGCUGUUACAAGGUUCCAUCAAGUAGCUCGUCAAGCGCAUCUUUAUAGAGGAAUUCUUCCUCUUCAUUACACAGAAGCAUCAAUAUCAGAUUGGCUGAAGGAUGUUGAUAUUCGUGUUCAGUAUGGUCUCAACUUUGGUAAAAGUCGUGGUUUUAUACAAACUGCAGAUACGGUUAUCAUUGUUACUGGCUGGAAGCAAGGCUCCGGUUUUACAAAUACUUUACGUAUUGUGAACGUCGAAUGAGUCAAUAUCAGUAUUUCAGGGUAGAAAUACAAACAAAUCCUGUGGAUAGAUGUAUUAAAUAAUAAGA